AUGGAAAGGAAAAAUAACAAGACGUCGAAAGCCAGUUCAAAAAGGAAAAAUAACGAGAUUUUCAAUCCAGUCAGCCAGUGGAACAUCAUUAUAACGUUGACAGCAUCAGACACAGAUUCGAGCAAUACGAUAACGAUCCCGAAAGAGUUAGUAGAAGCCAAGAUCUUUCCUCUGUGGGGUAGCAAACGUUGCAAAGGAUUGCUAAAACCUGACUCGUUCGAGAUGGUGCAUCUCUAUGAGCACCAUUCUAAAGUUACAAGAGGUGUGGCAAUGAAGAAAGAUGAGCAUGGAAACUUCAAGCUAUGUGGAUUGCCUUCCGUUCUCGGGGGAAGACCUUUCAAGACGGGUGAUGUUAUUGGGUUUUGGUGGGAUACACAUUGGGGUAGGCUUAAUUUCGAACUACUCGUGAUUGCUUAG